UAAUGCUCUUCUGCAGAAGAGGAUACAUUUGACUCUGCAUUAUUCUUCUGAAGAGGUCGUGUUUCAUACCUGAACAUCACACUUCAACAAGCCCAAAGAGUAAAAGGCAAACGUACAAAUGUCUACCACAAGACUAAAGUGUGAUAUGUUAUGUUCUUUACCAUAAGCACCCAUAAAAUGAGCUCCAUUGCAGACAGGAAUGAUGGAAGCAUUUUUGAUGGGCUGGUGGAAGAAGAUGACAAAGAUAAAGCAAAAAGAGUUUCUAGAAACAAGUCUGAAAAGAAGCGUAGAGAUCAAUUUAAUGUACUUAUCAAAGAACUGGGUUCCAUGCUUCCAGGUAAUGCCCGGAAAAUGGAUAAAUCCACUGUACUGCAGAAGAGCAUUGACUUUUUACGGAAGCACAAAGAAAUUACUGCACAAUCAGAUGCCAGUGAAAUUCGACAGGACUGGAAACCGACAUUCCUUAGUAAUGAAGAGUUCACACAGUUAAUGUUAGAGGCUCUUGAUGGUUUUUUUUUAGCAAUUAUGACAGAUGGAAGUAUAAUAUAUGUGUCUGAAAGUGUAACUCCCUUACUUGAACAUUUGCCAUCUGAUCUUGUGGAUCAGAGUAUAUUUAAUUUUAUCCCAGAGGGGGAACAUUCAGAAAUUUAUAAAAUAUUGUCUUCUCAUCUGCUGGAAAGUGAUUCAUUGACACCAGAGUACUUAAAAUCAAAAAAUCAACUAGAAUUCUGUUGCCAUAUGCUGCGAGGAACGAUAGAUCCGAAAGAGCAACCAACAUAUGAAUAUGUAAAAUUUAUAGGAAAUUUCAAGUGUUUGAAUAACGUUCCCAACUCAGCUCACAACGGUUUUGAAGGAACUAUUCAGCGAUCACAUCGGCCUUCGUAUGAAGACAAAGUUUGCUUCAUAGCCACUGUUAGAUUAGCUACACCUCAGUUUAUCAAGGAAAUGUGCACUGUUGAAGAACCCAAUGAAGAGUUCACAUCUAGACAUAGCUUAGAAUGGAAGUUCCUAUUCUUGGAUCACAGGGCACCUCCAAUAAUAGGCUAUCUUCCAUUUGAAGUUUUGGGAACAUCAGGCUAUGAUUAUUAUCAUGUGGAUGAUCUAGAUAAUCUGGCAAAAUGUCACGAGCAUUUAAUGCAAUAUGGGAAAGGGAAGUCAUGUUAUUAUAGAUUCCUUACAAAGGGACAGCAAUGGAUUUGGCUACAAACACAUUACUAUAUCACGUAUCACCAGUGGAAUUCCCGGCCUGAGUUUAUUGUCUGUACGCACACUGUUGUAAGCUAUGCCGAAGUUCGAGCAGAAAGGAGGCGAGAACUUGGAAUUGAGGAGUCGCUUCCAGAGAUAACAGCAGAUAAGAGUCAGGACUCUGGGUCUGACAAUCACAUAAACACAGUGAGCCUCAAAGAAGCACUGGAAAGGUUUGAUAACAGCCCCACACCUUCUGCUUCCUCCAGGAGUUCAAGGAAAUCUUCGCAUACUGCAGUAUCAGAUCAUUCAUCAACGCCAACUAAAAUGACAGUGGACACUAGCACUCCUCCAAGGCAAAGUUUAUCUGCUCAUGAAAAGACUGCACAAAGAAGAUCAUCUCUUAGUAGUCAGUCUUUAAGCUCCCAGUCACUUGGACAACCACUAGCGCAGCCAGUGAUGUCUCAGCCUGCAGCUUUACAGCUCCAGCCCGGCAUGUCCCAGCCUGUGUUUCAGUUUUCAGCUCAGUUAGGAGCUAUGCAGCAUCUAAAGGACCAGCUAGAGCAAAGAACGCGCAUGAUAGAGGCAAAUAUUCAUCGGCAGCAGGAAGAGCUGCGUAAGAUUCAAGAGCAGCUUCAAAUUGUCCAUGGUCAAGGACUCCAGAUGUUCUUGCAGCAAUCAGCUUCUGGACUCAACUUUGGUUCUGUGCAGCUUACUUCUGGAAAUUCUUCAAACGUUCAGCAACUUACACCAAUAAACAUGCAAGGUCAAGUUGUUCAGACUAAUCAGAUUCAAGGUGGAGUGAACACAGGUCAUUUAAGUACUCCGCACAUGAUACAGCAACAGCCUUUGCAGAGUACAGCAACACAGCAUAAUCAACAAAAUGUAGUUGGUGGACACAGUCAACAGUCUUCUCUUGCCAGUCAGUCACAGAACGCACUCUCGGCCCCUUUGUAUAACACUAUGGUGAUUUCUCAGCCGACAACAGGAAACGUGGUCCAGAUUCCUUCAAGCUUACCACAGAACAAUAACCAGAAUGCUGCUGCAGUAACCACUUUUACGCAGGAUAGACAGAUCAGAUUUUCUCAAGGUCAGCAACUUGUAACAAAACUUGUCACAGCCCCAGUAGCAUGUGGAGCAGUAAUGGUACCAAGUACUAUGUUUAUGGGACAGGUGGUGACAGCUUAUCCCACUUUUGCUGCCCAACAGCAGCAGCCACAGACUUUGUCAAUAACGCAGCAGCAGCAAAGUCAGCAAGAACAUCAGCAGCAGCUCACCACCGUUCAGCAACCAGCUCAGCCGCAGCUGACCCAGCACCCUCAACAGUUCCUACAGACAUCCAGGUUACUUCAUGGAAAUCAGUCAGCGCAGCUUAUCCUUUCUGCUGCUUUCCCACUACAACAAAGCACUUUUACUCAGUCCCACCACCAGCAGCAUCAAUCUCAGCAGCAGCAGCAACAGCAACUUUCCCGGCACAGAACUGACAAGAUGACUGAUCCUUCCAAAGUUCAGCCGCAAUAGCAGGGGCUCUGCUUCUUUUUGAAGCAAACUACCAGGAGGGGCUGUUCCAUAAACAGUUGCACUGAGGCUACAAAGCUAGAAGUACGAAGGCUUUCUAACACCACAGUAUUGAGAUCAUCUAAUUUCUGGAAUCUGUUAAAGAGAAGCCGCAAGAUGAGGAUGGGGCCUCGUAGUUGCCCCAGUUUCUGUGUUCAAAAGGAUUUGCUGCCAUGUGUUAGUUUAUCCAGGUGAAAUCUCAAGUUGUGACUGAAAUGAGAGGGAUGCUGAAAAUAUCGGUAUUUUUUAUCAGUCCUGUAAAUUUUUGAAGUGUUAAAAUGGACAUGGAGCAAUUGUUUGAAUUAGCUGACAAUAAUGCCAGGAAAAUAGUCCAAAAAAAAUCUAAUUUUUUCAGAUAACUAUGGGACAGUAAAUUUUUUCAAAAUGUUGUGUGAAAUCCAGGUCUCUGUUGUACAGAUGCUGUAAAAUAUUGUGUAUAUGUCUGCAUAAAAGGAGAAAGAGCAAAAUAUUUUAUAUGAUGCAUGAAAACGUAAUCUGUUAUUUGUAGGUUUGAAUAUGUUUCCCUGAAUUCUCACACCAUACUCAGACUAAUGUUUUCUUCUGUUCUAGCCUUUUGUUUACAACAUGAUGCAUCAUUAUUUUCGCCUUUAAUGUGGGCACAAGUCUCUCGUUCGUGCUUUGUCUGUGAUGUCGCGGUUUGUUCGGUGAGGUAUAGUGUGUCCGUUAGUUGACUUCUCGAGGUUAAAUUAUUGAUGAAGCUGUUCGAACUGGUGAUCACGCAUCAGGGUUCAGAACAUUCAGAUUCAUGAAUAUCAUCAAUCAUUUCUUAAUCAAUUCAUCGUUUUAUUUGGAAAAUAGGAAUUUGCACUGCUUUCCUGCGGAUGGUUUGGAAUUUUACUCCCCAAAGUUAUCUUUUGAUAUAGUUCAUAGUUGGAAAUAUUUAUGUAAAAGGUAUAAAAAGAAAAAAAGGCAGUAAUUUUCAAGAAUGUUUCAGUUAUAGGAGUAAUUUGCACAAAAGUAUCUUUACAUUUAAUAACCUUUUGGGCACUUUUUAACCACUUUCUCUGUGGUGAGAAUUGUAACUUGUUAAAAUAUGUUGGAAUCUUUUUAUUCUCCUUCCAAAAUUAGACCUUUCUUUAGUCAGAACUGAUUCAGGGUCAUUUUAACAACAAAAAACCCCAUAGUGCCUUGAUUUUAAUUCAGGUGAUAAUGUUGAACAUCUUGAAUUACAGUGUCUUGAAUCUGUAACCAUUUUCAAUUUUGAAGUCUUAGUACAUUGUCGGCCUAACUUGUGUAUCUACUUCAUAGCUAUUUCUGUACUGUGUUCAUUGUAGUAAUGGUCUGAGUUGAGAUCACGAGCGUUUCUGAGAGGCCCUCCCCCUCAAACACUAAUCUCACAGAAUACUCUCUAAAAUCUCGGACCUUGAGGGUAAUACUCUUUUUAAUAGAUCUAAAAUAGAUGUUACUCCUUUUGCAGGAGCAGGAAUAGUAAUCUGAUUUUUUACAAAAAAUUUUUUAGUUUUUUGGCGUUUAAAGUAUGUGUUGGGGGAGAUCAUGAUUGCAUUUAACACUACCAGGCUAUUGAUUUAAGAGAUAUCACUGAACUAAGACUUCAGAGGGCAACUUCACUCUGUAAAGAUAAUAAAAAGAUCCAACAGAUAAGAUGUGCUAUUUUAAGUAAAUGUUAAGUAGAUUUUUAUGGUACUAGUUUGUGAAAAAGACAACUUCAGAAGAAAAUGAAUAAAUGAAGGUAGAUCUGAUAAUUAAAAGAAACAACAAAAACCAGUUGAAAUUAGUACUAGGGAGAGAAAGCUGGAUUAAUCUUGAAUACUGAGGAGAAGUUGAAUGAAUGUAAUCAAAAGGCAAUGGACUAUUUUAUAUUAUGAAACAGUGUGAUUGUAUUAUUGGUUGAACCAAACCCACAGGAAGGUAACACCAGUUUAGCAAGCAUUUGGUAAGACUGGUUACCUUUUAAGGCUAGCCAUUGCUGCUGCACUUGUCCCUCCAUUAGGUCUGUGUUAUUCCCCAGCUAUAAAGCAAGAGUUUGGCACCAAAAAGCACAGUAGUGAACAAGGAAGGAGAGUGUGAGAAAUACAGUACCAAAGAGAACCUGGAGCAAGAAAUAGAUGCCAAUACCAAACACAGCAAGGAACAAUUGCAGUUCUUUAAAGGGAUUUCUGGCGUUCUCUGAGCUGGAAUAAUUGUCAGAAACCCCUUUCUGUAAAGUUUUGUCUAAAGAAAUCUUGCCUUGCUCUACUAUGCCUAUCACACCAUUCCACCUAUGUCUAAACUAAGCUGCAUUGACUAGAGGUCUGUGCUAUCAGUACUUUUGCUUAAUAAAAAAUAGCUUAGAUAAAAUUUUUAACCAAUUACAAUAAUAAUCUAGCACUAAAAAAGAAAACUGGGAGAGCUUUAAUAGUGCUGUUAGAACUAUUGAAUAGUGGUAAAAUAGGUUGAAUAAGCUAUUACACUGAGAAUUAAAAAAAAAAAAAAAUACUAGCCAGACAGUUGAAUAAUGCAGCUUUUUAUCUAAAGCUUCAUUUAAACUUCACUUCCCCUCUCCCCCUCCCCAGCUGUUCUGGUGUGCUGCUAUAGAUCUGUCAGUAAAAAGGCUAAACCAGGUGAGAGAAGUUAGAUGAUGAGAAUAGCAUGGCUACUGGAAGAGAACUAUAGAAAUGUAUGCUUUGAUCACGAAGCUUUGUGUAACCUCAGAGAGAGGUCAUUCAGUUAGAACUACCAGCUAAUAGAGAAAAGUAUAGAAGAUGGGGAAAUUCAAAGAAACUGGAAAAAUAUAGCAUGCAUUUGGAAACAUUCCUACCAUGAAUCAGGCAAACUUUUAUUAAAGAAAAAAAAAAAGUGA